GGCACCGACAGUGGCAGAGCUCGCCCCCGCCGCGGCGCGGGGCCACGCCGCCGCCGCCGUCUACGCCGCCACAGCACGCUGAAUGGCGUCGCCAGAGCUACCAGGAGCAUCCGAAGUGGCCCGACCAGGCAGGGCACCACCAGACCAGCCACAAGGAUCAGCACCGCGGUUCUCCUCAGCAUGACAACCGCAGACUUCCACUCGCUCCCGGCGCCAGUCGGCGCACCACCCUGGGGCCUCGUAUCAGGGCGCAGACUCGGACGGCCAGCGCCACCGCCCACAGCACGCCGAGCUGGCGCCCACACGGCGUCCGGGCUCGGCCGACACUUCAGCCGCUCCACCGAGCGGACGGCGCCGACGGGCCCGGCAGCACGGCGUCGCUGGGACGGCCCGGGCGGCGCGGUGCCACGCCGUCCCGACGGCGGCGGCGCGGCCAGGCAGCGCUGUCUCCCGGGCCAGCCGGCGGCGACCUGCGCCCGCUCUCACCUACGGCGCUCAUCGCCAGCCUGCAGCUGGAGCCGAGCCACAAGCCAGAGUCGCCCGCGCCGCAGUCGCCCACCGACAUCAUCGCCAGCCUGCGGUACGGCACGCCGCCAAAGCCGGAGCCGCAGUCGCCGACAGACGUGAUGCAGCACCUGGGCUUGCGGACGGAUACGCCGCGGCUUCCGCGCACCGACAGCCGCGGUCAGCUGGUCAACACCACCGACGACGAGAAGGCCACGCUGGGCGGCCGGGGACGCGGCCGCGGCCGACGCGACCGGCCGCCGGGCGCCGGCCCGGACUGCCAUCCGCAGUCGGACGAAAACAAGGCGCAGCUGCGCAGGCCCGGCGCCGAACACGCGUUCCGUUCGGGGAAGCGCGACCCCGCCCCUCCGCGGGCUGGGGAUGACAUCCUCCGGAGCGCCGGCGGUGGCGACCGCUCACCGCGGGUAGGCGGGGAGGGGGACGUCGGCGGCGUGGGAGGCGUGGACUACCCGCUGCGGAAAGUGGCAAGUGGUGAGGGUGCUAGUCGGCCUUCUGUUGGGCUGGCCCUCGCACCGACAUCUCCGGUUCUCAGCGGCACCGUGGCCCAGGGCGUACCGCCGCGGCCUGCCGAUGUGGCGCCAGCGGUCCCUCCACCGGAGUCUGGGGAGCCUCGCUGCGACCCGUCGCCGUCGCCCCGAGAACGUGAGCCCGUCCCGACAGUGACGUCUCGGCCUCGCCCGCCACCUGACCGCGACGAAAGCGGCGUGGAGUCGGCGCCGGCAGGCGGCAGUGCCUCCGCGGCCGCCACCCCGGACGGCGGUGUGACCGCGCAGGAGACGCCGCCACGCGCCGAAGAAGCGCACAGCCGACCACCGUCUUCAGACGAGGGGGCGACGCUGGCGGCGAACCGUCCACGCGCGGCGGAGACUGCGGACGGCGGGCCCGCGGAGCAGGAGGGUGGCGGCGAGCGAGACUCGCCUGAGGGGAAGGCGCGCCGCCACUCGUCGGCCUCCUCUGGCCGCGGCCUCUUCAGCCUGAGUCUCGAGGAGCCGUUCAGCUGGGCUGACGAGGUGGAGGAGUGGGAGCGGCGCUUCAACGAUGACGGCGACGCCAACGAGCCGGCAGCCAAGGAGCCUCCCGCCCCGGCGCAGAAGUCGCCGUCUCGCCGCAGCCGCCGUCGGUCGCAGCACGCGCCGCCCCAGCCGGCCGAGGAGGUCAACGACCCCUCCAUGCCGGCUCACGUGAUCGAGCUCUACAACUUCCCGUCCAGCUUCAGCUUGCAGGAUUUCAACGUGGUGUUCCAGGCGUUUGUGGAGCGCGGCUUCGACGUGCGCCGCGUGGACGACACGCACGCGCUAGGCAUCUUCGCCAACGCCGCAUGUGCUGCCGAGGCGCUGCAGCUGUGCCACCCGAUGCUGCUGAGCCGACCGCUGGCGCAGGCGACGCCCCGCUCCCGGCAGCGGGCGGCGCGGCCGGCCGACGUGCAGCCGCCGUACCGGCUGCGGCCCGAGACGAGCGCGCUGCAUGCCGACCGCAUGGUGGCGUCGGCGCUGGGCAUGCGCGUCGGACCGGCCGGCCGCCAACGGCGUGACUACGAGCGGCGCAAGCUGCGCGACGCCAGAGACAAAAAGCGGCAGGCAUCCAAGCAAAAGGAUGAUGCCUGGGAGGGUCGGUUCUGACCUGAGCGACCACGUGGUGUCAGGCGCAGCCAUGCCAAGGCGGAACGGAUUCGUUUUUAAUGUGCCUCGACGAACUGGUUCAUGCUAAGUGUGAAGUGGUUACUGGGAUAGAAGGAUAUUUGUCAAUGGCUAGUGAGAACGCACCGUUUUGUGGUAACGUUUUAUGGGAGGAUUCUCCGAUGUGCCGUAUUAUGUCAGAAGCCCCUGCAUUCAGCUGUGGUGUGAAGACUUGUGGAUUUUGGGGCGACGUUGAUGGCAGUGAUAUCGCACACUGACAAACGAUUUUACUGAAAUGCCUUCAUCAUGUCGUGAUCUGACAGGCUUUUGUCCCAUUUUUAUUGAUUUUGUUCGUGCUCGGUGUCUGAAUUGGAAUGGUAUCCGCGACCAGGUACCGCUCUGGGGCAUUUCAGAUGGUCAUUAUAAGAUUGUGGUUUUUUAGCAGCCCCGCCACAAGAACGCAUCUCCAGGGCAUUUCAAAUGUGGGGCAUUAUAAGCUAGUGGCAUUUGAUGAACCUCAUCUCGAGAACCGUCACGAAUUGCGAAAUCUACGGGUAUAAGCCCGCGUGUUAUGUCGCGAUGCGUCAUCAUGCACCAUUUCACGUUAUGCGCGCGUGCACAUAUCGCAUGUGUAUUUGUCUGUAGGUUAGAUCAUGCAUGUAAAGUUGCCAUUGUUCCACCUGCAGGCUGCCUCGGCGGCACUUGGUAUUGCCUGUGAUGACCGGAUCUGGCAAUGGUCGCUGCUUUAACUGGGCAGUAUGCCACUAUCUUAUGUUGGCAACAUGCCGACGUGCUGUCAAACGCCAUAGCUCAUCCCUCUGUGAUGGAAGUGAGGUGCGUGCGUGUGAUGAAUGAGGAUCUACGGAAAUGGUCUGCGCCGCGAACUAAAAACCUGAAAAAUGUUGUGCGCCAAGCAGCAGUGAAGUUGCUUGUUGUCACUCAAGUGCCAGAACUAUGAAGUACCUGGAAUUGGAGUUUUGCGAGUGCCUGCUAGUUACGAUUUGUGCUUCGGAUGCCUGAAUAUACCUCAACUUU